AUGUCUUCUGAGAAGUUAGACGAGAACCAUCAGCCUAAAAAGCUGUCCUUUCCACGUGGAUCCCAGGACAAGGAGACUUCUGACUCCACGACGCUGACAUACUCUGUUAGCCAGACCAUCAACACCCAGAAGCCGCAGCAGUUUGCCGAGAUGCACCUGGCUGAAAUACAAAAGUUGUUUGAGAAGGAGACAGGCAAGAGUGGAGCCCUGGACAAGAAAACUUUUACCAGGAUCAUGAAGAGGGUGAUGAGCAACAUGACGGAGGAGAUGCUUGAGGUGCUCUUCUUGAAGGUGGACUCAGACUGCAAUGGAUUUGUCAAAUGGCAAGAGUAUGUGGAUUAUAUGAUGCGUGAGUUCCAGGGCAAGGAGGAGAUAAGGAAGAGCCAAUACCGCCUGCGCUUCCACCUUCCCAUGACCAUCAUUCCCCUGCAUCAUGGGAGCGAGAUUGUGAAAGUGGAAUUUUUAUUCAAACGGUUCAAAACGAUGGGGUAUUUCCUGACUGUUACCAAAGACGGGCUCCUCCAGUUCUGGUCUGAGGCCUUCUCAAUGAUAUCCUCCUUUCGGCUUGCCCAGCCCCAGCAGUUCUACCACCAGCAGAUGUGGGUGGUUGACAUGAUAUGUCUGCACAACAUGAACCUCAUCGCAGUUGCCUCGACUGAGCUAAAGAUAGAGUUCUAUGAUAUCAGUAACCAAAAGUGUAUCCGGGUCUUUACCUUUAUUGACAUGGAUAGCUGUGUCAUGGUCAUGAACUAUUGGACGGACAACUGCAAAGGUGUGUUCUGCUUCGGGGACGCCAAGGGCAACGUGGUCAUCUUCAUCACUGAAAAUGUGGCUAGCGGACUGUUCAACCCACAAAUCCUUCCCCGGACCGCCAAAUGGGAUCAAUGGAUCAAUAUUCCCUUGCAGAAACUCUUAAAUGAGAAGUCCUCUCAGUACAGAAAUUUCCGAGUGAAGAGUCUCCACUCCACUUGGUGUCAGCAGAUCAAGUUCAUCCCCCAGCUGAAUGUGGUAGCCUCGUGUUCAGCCAUUGAGAGGUCCUCUCUUGUUCUGAUAAUACUGCCAGCCAAAGGCCCUGAGAAACCCAGGUUAUCAUCGCUGAAUUUAAGAAAAGGAAUUCUUUGCUUUGAUUACUGUCCAGAGAGGAACUUUUUGGUCACUGGUGGCUAUGACCCCCACAUCCGCCUGUGGAACCCCUUGGUCUCAAAGAGGCCAGUGUGGCUGAUGAAGGGACACCAGACAUCAGUGACGCACCUCCUCGUGAACAGCAAGUACACCAGCAUCCUCAUCAGCAUUUCCAGGGACAAGAACAUUCGAGUGUGGGACCUGCAUGACUAUGCGUGCCUCCAGUCCUUCUGUGGGAAGUUUUUCCCUCUGGGCAGCUGCCCCAUCACCAGCGCCUACUUCCACAGAGACAGCACCCUCAUCUGUAGCACCUACAACAUUGGGAUCCUUGGAGGAUACUUGGAGUCCCAGGGCCCCACGAAAACAGGGAAGAUGACAACUCACAGCUCAAUCCUGUGUGCCGUCCUCUAUAGCAAGAUAUUUAAACAGGUGGUGAGUGGCUGCCUAGUGGGCACCGUGAGUGUGUGGGACAUCACCACGGGCAAGAAGCAGAUGGAGUUCUCUGUGUGUGGCAUCCAGCAAGCCGAGCUGACCGCCAUGGCACUGGAUGAGUCGGAACGGUGUCUGCUCACAGGCUUGCGUGACGGCAUAUUGCAGAUGUGGAACUACAACACUGGGGAGUGCCUGAUGAGCUUUCCCAACCCGGACGGAGUGGAGAUUAGUGGAAUUGUCCACAUGAAGAAAGCAUACUACAUGGCAGGGUGGAGCAAGAGAAUCACCCAUUUCACAUUCCACAGGACCAUGCUGGUACUCUCCUGCUACCACUGGCAGACCUUUCACACGGAGGACAUCCUGUGCAUGGCCAAGUAUCAGAACCAGUUCCUUGGGACCGCUUCCUACAAUGGCGACAUCAUUUUCUGGAAUGUGAGCAUGUUGAAGCCCAUCUUGAGUUUCAAUGCCUCUAGGAGCCCUUUGCCUAUACAGCUGAAGAAGGUACAGUCAUAGUGCCUUGCAUUCUCCUACUUUCCUAGGCACAUUUCACUCCAAUCACAGUCUCCUUUUAUUUUUGUCUGGGCUAAACCUCCCAGUGGUCAAACAGCCAAAUUAUCUACUGAGUGCCCCAGUGAAACAAUUCUCAAACAGCCGGGUCAAAAAGAUGCUCAGAAGAAAAAGGUGGAUUUCUGGGGGAAGCUGAGCCUGCAUCCCAAUGUGUCCGUGGAAAAGAUAAUUUUUCUGCAGUCCAGACCUCGCCUGCCAUACACAGCUACCAUGCUGAGCAGCUGCAUCGACGGCUUCAUCUACGCCUGGUCCAUCCACGGGAAUGGAGGUCUGCUGGGGAAGUUCCCUGUGGACCUUGAAGAGAAUGGUGAGAAUACUGCUGUGGGUGCCAUGGCCACCGAUGAGAACGACUGGAUCCUCCUCACAGGGGACAGCAAAGGGGUCAUCAAGAUCUGGGACAUCAAGGAUUACUGCUUAUUUACUGGCUGGAAACCAUACCAUCCCAGCGAGGUCAAAAACGGUGAAAGAAAGAAUAAAUUCCGGCUCUUAAUUUCUAAGCAACUCCAGUUCCAACCUGUGAACGCCAUUCCACGGAAGGAGAAGGAGGUUGUGGAGGGCCACACCAUUUCUCUGGUUCCCCCACCACUUCUGGUUUCCUGGACUAGCCACGUGGAAAGCAUAGCAGAUAUCCUGUUUGUGGAAAGCUUCCAGGUGGUUAUCAGUGCUGGCAAGGACCGGGACGUCAAGGCUUGGAAACUCACCGGUGAUGCCAUAGGAACAUUUGGCCUGCACAUUUGGGAGGAACUGCAGGAUGGCCUGAGCAUAGACGAUCUGGAGCAGAUGGCAAGUGUGGAGGAGAAGCCCGACUCUGUCCAUUCCACUAUCAGCAGCUCCUGGCUGGAGCUGCGAAAGGAACUGGAUGCAGCCCUGUUGCACCAGCAGUGUGAGCAGGCAGCACUGAUGGCCCUCCUGCACGGCAAAGAGGAGAAGGAAGCGGAGGCAUGGGCCAGGUUGCACCAGAUGUCCCUCAUCUCCCCCUGGAAGGGCAGAGAACAGUUUGAGGAAGAGACCGAGGAGAGCUGGAAUGAAUGGGUUAAGGACAAGCAGGUAAGCACAAUCGUGGGAGCGGCGUACAAACCCAAGGAACGCGUGCGGAACGCCAACCUCCUGGUGUCCAGGGUGCAGUAUAACUGGAUGCGGCAGCAGAUCUCCCCUCAGAUCUAUCAAAGCCUGUGCUACACCGACCUUAAGCCAGUCCUGCAUCCCGACUUCCUGAUGUUUAGGGUCCUGGACCAGCAGAGCCGGCACAUCCGCUGGGUGGCCAGUGAUAUCCAGAAUGAGCUGGAAGCUGUCCGUGGUCAGAUCUUCACAGGAACCAGCAACACACCUCUUGGCUCCAUCUCCUCCCUCUCCGCGAAUUCCCUGGGAGCAUCAGCCUCCCGGGUUAUGGACCCUACCCCUGUGAAGCCUUCUGCAUCCUGCCCGAGACCUUUCUCAGCCUCUCCAGCUCUGUCUGUCUCUUCUCUAUCACCCCAGACCUUCUCCCGCAGAGGUCAGAAAACCCAAUGCCAGUUGAUCCCUUUCUCAUUCAACAUCCAAACCCUGGGGGAGUAGCGUUCAUGUCCUCUAUGAAGAGUGGCUUCUACCUCAUGUUUUGAGGUGUUUAUUCUUUUCUCUAUUCUGUAACAGGGGAUCCAUAAGGCGUUGCAUGUCCCUGGCUUAUUCUCCUCUAGGCCUAGGGGAUGCAGCCCUUUCCCCAGGGGCUACCACACUGUGUCUGUCUGGAUAAAUCCAGCUGUCUUGUGGCUCUGCACAAUUCUGGAGAAGACAAUAAAUGUUCUGUGUU